AUGGACAUUCAGGCCCGCUUCAAACGCAAGGAUAGGGUCGAGCCGAAAUUGCAAGAGAAGGCAACCAUGGCUUUCCUCCGCUCCCAGCCGGACUUUGUCUCAUGCCCCUCUUCGACGUGCAAAGACGGCGCCUCUAUGGCCGACGGAAACAUCUUCACUUGCCGCACCUGCCAGUAUCGGUACUGCUUCGCCUGCAACGUCCCGUUCCACGAGGAUGAAGGUUGCCAGGAGUUUCAAGAUCGCAUCCAAGAGGACGAGAGAAAGACACUGGAAAUUGCAGAGUCGUUGGAGGAAGUGAGCCCUACAGGCACCAGAUGCAAGUACCAGUACUGCUGGUUGUGCUUCGCAGAGCAGCGGGACAUCCUCCGCAUCGGAAACCACAUGCACGAGAGAGAUUGCAAGCAUUGGCGCCAUCCUUGA